AUGCCUGGAAACCAAACGUCCGAAGAGUGCCAUUGUGGUAGAAGCUAUGCAGAAGCAAUAGCCGGCACAUGUCCCCAGGGACUUCAUAACAGCCCUGAUCUCACACCGCUAAAUCGAAAAAUCCACGCACAACCGUUCGUCCCGGCUACCUCAUCUCGCGUUGCGAUCUCCGAUUUUCGUGUACAAGACACGCCUGCUCGACAACCAUGCCAGCCUCAUAGGACUGGUAAUAAACGCAAGAUCCGCUGCGGAGAUAUCGUCAACAUCCCUGUCAUCGAACAGUGCCGGGUGGAGAAACCACGACCAGACGAUUUCAAGAAGAAUGGUCUCUGCUACGCUGAUAGAAAAGAUUAUGGAGGCGAGGUACCUGUGUACUAUGGAGAUCGAUACGCCGUUGUGAUAGGCAUUCAUAGCGGGCCCUCCAGCUUCUAUACCUGCUUGCCAAUCUACAGCUUCGAAAACAAGGGUGUGAACAAGCACCAUUGGCAGGAAGCAACUCAGUACAUUCUCUUACUGGAGGCACAAAAGGGUAACGAGACUGACGCGUCGAUCAAGGACGCUGCUGAGCGGCAUCGCCACGUGCCAAUCGAGUUCGCGGCUAGACUUGAUAAAAGGUCAUUCUUUAAGCCGCGCGAGUAUUCUCUGAUUUCACUGAGUCAUCUGACGCCAGUGUAUCGCGUUAAUCGUGUUGAGCAGACUUGGUCUCGUCUCGAUGCUGAUAGCUUUGACAUGUUACUAGAUGCAUAUCUGACAUAUACGCGUCUAGCUGCGACGCCUUACGAAAAGCGUAGAAAAAUGGAAUGGGAGCCGUUCAAUUGGAUGGUUGAGCCUUUUGCAGGGCCAGAAGGGGCCAAAGAAAAGGGAAAGAAGCGCGAAGCGUCUCCCGGAGAUGGCCCAUCAGAGAAGCGAAAGACGCAGACACGUAAGGGUGGAGCGAACUAG